AUGUUACUUUUACGCUUAUUCGGGGUGGUUCUGUUAAUUCCUUCGAUUUUUGGGGGAUUCCCCAUCGAACGAAGAGCGUCAACUUUCGUAAUCGAAAGAGAUACAUCGAUAGACUAUCGAUUACCAACAAAUUUAAAACCUUUACAUUACGAAUUAACGUUAGAACCAUUUUUUGACCCCGAUUUUACGUUUGAAGGUCACGUUAUAAUCACCGUUCAGGUACUAGCAGACACCGAAUUUGUCGUUUUUCAUGGUAGAGACUUAGUUUUCACCGAAGCUAACGUUCAAAUUAAAGAAGAAAAUGCAGUAAAUCCAUUUGUAAUAAAAAGUUUUAAUCGCGAUGAUGUAACAGAGUUGUAUCAUAUUGAGUUGCAAGAAAGUUUAAGAGCUUUAACAACUAUUACAAUUGAAAUUAAUUAUACUGGAAUACUCGCAGCUAAUAAUGAUGGUUUUUAUCGCGCUAAAUAUGAAGAAAACGGCGAAACUAAAUGGUUUGCUACCACUCAAUUCGAAGCUAAUAGUGCUCGGAGAGCUUUUCCUUGCUUUGAUGAACCAGCUUUAAAAGCUACAUUUACAAUACAUUUAAUAAGACCUGAAAAUUAUAAUUCUAUAUCUAAUAUGGGUUUGGAAUCAUCGAGUUUAAUUGGUACAAAUCGUUACAAGGAUACUUUUAAAAAAUCGGUUUUAAUGUCAACGUAUUUGGUUGCUUUUAUUGUUUCUGAAAUGACCGCUGAAACUAUAAAUAACCACGCUGUUUAUGCACCGAAAUAUUUAAUUGAUGAUGGAAGAGGUGUUUUCUCCGUUGAAGCGAGUAUUGAUAUAUUAAAGGCUUUAGAAGAUUACACCGAAGUUGAUUACGCUUUGGAUAAAAUGUUUCAAGUUGCGAUUCCUGAUGGUUAUUUUUCAGCGGGGGCUAUGGAAAAUUGGGGUUUAGUUACUUAUAGAGAAUCUCGUUUAAUGUACAAAGAUGGAGUAACAACUUCAGCUGAAAAACAAUCAAUUUUAUCAAUAAUCGCCCACGAAUACGCUCAUCAAUGGUUUGGAAACUUGGUCAGUCCAUUUUGGUGGAGUUAUCUUUGGUUAAAUGAAGGUUUUGCUACUUAUUUCGGUUCAUACGCUGUCGAUCUCGUUGAUCCUUCGAUCAGAAUGAUGGAACAAUAUGUUGUUAAUACGGUUCAAUAUGCUUUUCAAAGUGAUGCGUUAGAAACGACAAGGGCUAUGACUGUUGAUGCACAAAGUGCGCGGGAAGUUGAAAGUUUAUUCGAUAGGGUUGCUUAUGAUAAAUCUGGAUCUGUACUUAGGAUGAUGGAACAUUUUUUGACAACACCUGUAUAUAAACAAGGAUUAACAAAUUAUUUAUUUUUAAAUUUAAGGGAAUACGAUUCAGCCCAAUCGUUCGAUUUAUGGAGAAAUUUACAAAUCGCUUUAGAUGCAUCAUCAUCAAAUUACCUCCAAGGUCAAACAAUUUCAGAAAUCAUGGAAAAUUGGAGUACACAACCCGGUUUUCCAGUUGUAACCGUAAUGAGAGAUUACGCUGGAUCGGUUUAUUUAAUCCAAGACCGAUUUUUAAUCAACAAAGCAACUCACGAUUACAAUAACUUGUGGAUAAUUCCGAUAAAUUAUGCAACGAAAUCAAAUUUAGAUUUUGAAACAACGACUCCAACGUAUUGGUUAAAAAAUAAGAUCGAAAAUACUGGAAUUAACGUAAACAAUAAAGAUUGGAUUAUUUUGAAUAAACAAGAAACUGGGUAUUAUCGUGUUAAUUAUGAUACCGAUAAUUGGAAUUUAUUAAUUGAUUAUUUAAAUUCUGAUGAUUUUGAUAAAAUCCAUGUUUUAAAUCGUGCCCAAUUAAUCGAUGAUUCAUUUAAUUUAGCCAGAUCGGGACGAUUAUCUUAUGAAAUUCCAUUUAAACUUGGUUUAUAUCUUUCGAGGGAAACCGAAUAUGUUCCAAUUUACAGUUUUAUAACAAUCGUUUCAAAUUUAAACACUUAUUUAAGUGGUUCAGAGGAAAUUUAUCCGUUGUUUAAGAAGUAUGUUACAACAGCGUUAAGAGGUGCUUUAGAAUUUAUCGCAAAUAAAGAAGUUUUAACACAUUUGGAAAUUAGAAAUCGUUUAAAUUUAAUUAAUUGGUUAUGUAAAUUUGAAGACGAAGCCUGUUUAAAAUUAAUGCACGAUAAAUUUAUUGAAUAUCAACCAGUUGAACCUGAUUUAAAAGCGGCAGCUUAUUGCAGUGGAUUAAGAUCAAACGAGGAUCUAGAACAGAAAUGGAAUUAUGCUUAUGAAAAAUACCACGAAAGCGAAGAGUCCGCAGAAAAAAGUCGUUGGUUAACAGCUUUGGGAUGUUCUAUGGAUAAAAAUUAUUUAUUAAGAGUCUUAUAUAUGGCUGUAGAUUAUACCACGGAUUAUACAUUAAGAUCGGGAGAUGUUAUGAGUGCAUUCUCGGCCGUUUAUCAAUCAAGCGAUGUGGGGUUAGACGAAGCAUUUGAUUUUGUCAUAUUAGAUUUCAAUUUAAUCAAGCAAAAGCUAACCACGAGUCAAAUAAAUUCGUUAUUUAAUGGAAUCGCAAGUAGGGUAUCAUCAAACGUAAAAUUAGAAAGGCUUAAAUCAUUUAUCGCAGCUCAAAAUCAGGAUAUACAAAAUAUUUACGGAGGUACUUUUAACCGGGCGAUAAGCACGAUUGAAAGUAACAUUGCAUAUCUCGAAAGUCACAUGUCAAUAAUUAGUGACUUUUUGGUUGAGCAUUUUGAAGAGAUUCCUGAAGAAACUUGUCCAGAAUGUCCAGAUGUAUGUCCAGAAACUUGUCCGGAAUGUCCAGAAUGCAAAGAAUGCCUGGAAUGUCCAGAAUGCAAAGAAUGCUUGGAAUGUCCAGAAGAAACUUGCCCGGAUUGCCCGGAGAAGGAAUGCCCAGAGGAGGGAGGAGCAAAUUACAUCGCUUUAAGUUUACCCUUAUUUUUCGGGUUGAUUGCUUUAGUUUCCGUAGCGUAAAAACAAAAUGAUUAUAAAAUUAUUUGUAGUUUCCUUGUAGUUUAAAUAAAUUAAGAUUAAGAAAGAUAAAAUUUGUUUACUUCGUUUUCCAAAUGGCUUUGAAAACCAAAAAAAGAAAAGUGGAGUGAUUUAUUGAUCUUACGAUAAUUUCAAAACGUAAAAAUUUAUGAGCAAUAAAUAAGCCGAUUUUAAAAAAUUUUAUUUUAUUUAUUGGUUGCAAUUAAUUAUGCUAGAACGUUAAACUUUUGUGACAAUGAGUUGAAACUCUUUAUAACGUUGCAAAAUUGUUUAAAUUGAUUGAUUUCAUUCAAAUUUAAAGAAAAUCAACCUCACUAUUUACACUUUU